CUCUCGGUAUUUACGGUAAACAUCAUGGCUGCCUCCGACGGCAAUGAAGGGAGUUGCGGGGAACACCGACACAAACACCACAAGCCUAAAAACAAGAAGAAGAUGAACAAAGCCAAAGAAGAGAAGGAAGGCAGCAGUAGUGACCCAGUGGUCAAUGGAGAGAGUGAACCAAGUACUAGUGGCCUUGUGAAGGCCAGUGGCAUUGGUGUUGGAACUCAGGUGCCCCCAAUGCUUCCAGAGGUGGAAAGAUACAUGCGGAAAAUGCAGUUUCAGAGAGAAUUUCAAUUUUGGAAUACUCAACCUGUGCCUAAAAUAACUGAAGACAUAGAAGCUAAUGUAAAUGAAGCCAUUGAACCAGCCAAGCCCAUUUCAGAAAUUAAACAAGAGCCUUAUAAUCUACCCGAUGGCUUCAAGUGGGAUACUCUCGACCUUCUAAAUGAAGAUGUUUUACAAAAUCUGUACAACUUAUUGAAUGAGAACUACGUAGAAGAUGAUGAUAAUAUGUUUAGGUUUGACUAUAGUAGAGAAUUUUUACGUUGGGCUUUGAUGCCACCUGGCUGGAAACCUCAGUGGCACGUAGGCGUUCGAAUACGAAAAAGUAACAGAUUAGUAGGGUUUAUAUCAGCAGUCCCUGCUAGAAUUAGGAUAUAUGACCAUCAGCAAGAGAUGGUAGAAAUUAACUUUCUCUGUGUACAUAAGAAGCUGCGUUCAAAGAGAUUAGCACCUGUUUUAAUUAAAGAAAUUACGAGAAGAACCCAUUUAACUGGAAUCUUUCAGGCUGUGUACACUGCUGGGGUAUUGCUACCAAAGCCGGUGGCGUCUUGUCGUUACUGGCACAGGUCGCUCAACCCUAAGAAGCUGAUAGAAGUCAAGUUCUCACAUCUUGGCAAAAACAUGACAAUGCAGCGAACAUUGAAGCUGUACAAACUCCCAACCCAAACCACGACGUCGGGAUUCCGAAGAUUAAAACUUGAAGAUGUAAGACCAGUGUCAUGAGUUAUUAGGAAAUAUUUACAGAAGUUUGAUUUAGCUCCUGUUUUUAGUAAAGAAGAGUUUGUUCAUUGGUUCCUUCCUCAAGACAAGAUCAUCGAUAGUUAUGUCGUAGAAAAUGAGGGUAAUGUCUCGGACUUUGUUAGCUACUACACACUCCCGUCAACUGUUAUGCAUCAUCCAACGUACAAGACACUGAAAGCUGCUUACUCCUUUUACAAUGUCUCAACAAAUACUCCUUGGAAGGUCCUUAUGAAGGAUGCUUUAGUUACAGCUAAGAAUUCAAAUUUUGAUGUUUUCAAUGCACUGGACCUAAUGGAGAAUUCGGAAUUCUUGGAGGAACUGAAGUUUGGCCAAGGAGAUGGGCAUCUACAGUAUUAUCUCUACAAUUGGCGGUGUCCAAAGAUGGCCCCAUUUAAGGUACUAUUUCCAUUUGGUUUUUCCAAAGGUGAACUUAAAUGAUUAACCUGAUGCACA